CGAAAGCAGAAAGCUUGGUUUGAUUGGUAUGCAAUAAAACCUUGUUGUUGUUGAAGAGCUUGGAACUGUUGAUAAAGCAGCUGUUGUUGUUGAGCAAGGAGCAGUUGAUGUUGUUGGUCCAUGGUUUAAUUCUGUGGUCUUGCCUGUAGGGAAUGGUUGACUGUUUAGGGUUUUUGGUGUUUUGUCUGUUAAAGGAACUGUGAAACUGUCAAGGCAGAAGGGUAAGGAGACGAUGAUGCUCCGGGCAUAUGGGUUUUCGACACGUGGUGUCUGGUUUUUUGUUUUUAUUUUUCUUUGCCAAGUCUAUUAUAUAUAUUGGCUCCUUUUUUUAAUGUUAAGAAGAGUCGUCAAGCUUAAAACUUUCUGGGAAAUUUUUUCCGGCAAAACAGAAAGAGAUUACUAAUCCAGGUGCAUGCCGGAUGGCAUGGUUCUUGAUUAUUUCUUCUGUGAUUGUACUAUGGGUAGCUUCUUUAUGCAAAAUUCUGCAUGGCUCAUAUUCACCUCCGAAGGGUACUUUCUUGAAUAAUUUGAAAGAUGGUGGCAGUAUCAACAAGAGAAAUGUUUUGCUGGUUGUUGCCCACCCAGAUGAUGAGUCCAUGUUCUUUACUCCAACCAUAAACUAUCUCACCACGAGAGGGCAUAAUAUUCACAUUCUUUGCUUGUCAAUUGGUGAUGCAGAUGGUAAAGGAAUUACCAGAAAAGAAGAGCUCUACCAGGCUUCUGCAAUCCUCAAGGUUCCACAUCAACAAGUGAAGGUUCUGGACCAUCCAGAUCUCCAGGAUGGUUUUGGCGAAGUUUGGAACCAUAACAUAUUGGCAUUGAUUAUUGAAGAGGAAAUUAACAGUUAUGGCAUUGAUUUGAUAAUUACUUUUGACAAUUAUGGAGUUUCGGGCCAUUGUAACCACUGUGACGUGCAUUAUGGGGUAAUCAGGAAGCUCUUACAUGCAUCGUCACAAAGGAAAAUUGAAGCUUGGGAACUUGUUAGUACCAACAUAUUCCGCAAGUAUAGCGGUCCGGUGGAUAUAUGGCUGUCCAGUUUAUAUCCCAUGCAAUGCUCACAUGAAGUGCUGCAUUGCUUGUUGAAUGAGCAGCCUAGAAAGAGCUUCCGGGCGAUGGCACAACAUUCAAGCCAAUGGGUUUGGUUCCGCAAACUGUUUGUAGGAUUUUCCAGUUACACCUACGUAAACACGCUUAGAAAGAUGAAGUAGCUUGUGGGAUCAGUUUGGAUACUUGCCUCUUGAAUGGGAACAGCUGAAAAUUCUUUGGAUGUGUGCAUUCCUGGUGCGGAUGUUUUUGCUAGGAGUCCAAAUAAGUUCAAGCCGGCAGAGCACAGGAACAAAGUUGGCAUGGAAGCCUGAUGCAUUCUUCUUUCUUUCUUUUACCUUUUGUUGUAAUGUACUUGGCCUGAUUCGUUCACAUUAAUUAAAUGUUUGAGAAACAAA